AUGAGUGAUCAGGAAGAAUUAGAUCAGGACUAUGGCCCUUCAGAAGCUACCAUUCUAUUUGCAAACGAGGUGCGCACCGAGUUCAGAAAAGCAUUUCCUCUACGUUCAGAAACUCAGAAAAAACUUGAAAUGACGCAAAAAAGGAAUGCGUGUCGUAUAAGAAAACAAUUAAAUUUUGAUGAGUCGAUGUCACCUAUUGCCCUUCAAGCAGAAGUCCAGCGAGCAAGUUUUGCAAUUGAAUCAAAAGAUAGAAAAUUGGAAGAUGCUGAAAGGGAAAUCGCAAAGUUAAAAGAAAAGCUUGAAGAAAAAGAUACGCAAUAUCAAAAAGUGCUUGACGAAAAAGAGAAACUCGAAUACGCCAAACUGGAGCUGACAAAUUUGUCAAAACAAACAGAGGCAAGAUUAAAUGAAGUGGAGAGCAGAAAUCAGCUAGAAAAUGAAUAUUGGCGGACGAUAGGAAGAAAAUAUUAUAUUUGGUUUAAAAUGGCAAAUGAGCAGCUUGAAGAAAUUCAUGAUAUUCUCUCGACCGGCGGAAGCUUUGAUGAAAGAGCGGUUCAAAGAAUUAAUCAGGCUCCGAUGAAUAUUUUCAUGCAAUUGAAGGAUAUCAAUUUCUGUGAAAAUAAUUAUGCUCAGAGUCUUGCUGCUGGAUCACUACUAGAGUUCAGCGGAGUUCAAUUUGAACCGCAAACGGCACCACAACUCGACUUCACCUUAUUCGAUUCGCGUAUUGAGGGCGCUCGUUUCGGUGAAAACUCGACAACGUUUCAACCGCCAAAACCCGAAAAUGCUGACAAUACUAUUCUAAGCGAUACAAUUUUUUCAUCCAAUAGCACAAUGGCGGAUAAUUCCACGAUAUUAACGGGCGGUGGUCGAGCAAAUAUGUCAUCGUUUGAUUACGAGAGAGAUGAGAAAAUUCAGCGAUUACUUCUUGAAAAUAGUGUUCUUAAGGAUCGAUUGAAUGUCUCAAAAGGACGCGCUGAACAGUCAUUGAUUUUUGAAGAGAAGAAUCGCACGUUGGAGAAAGAAAAACAGCUUUUACAAUCGAAGUUAGAUAAGACAUUUAGCGAAAUCGAGGCAAUGCGAAUGGGAACUGCUCGUAAACUAUUUUCAAUAGACGAGGAAAUAUCGAAAAGUGGCUCGAGUGAGCUUAACAGCCAGAAUAAGGCCCUUAAAAUGGUGGAUAGAAUCAAUAAUUUGCUUAGCGAAAACACCAAAAUGGAGAAGGAAAUUGCAUCAGCAACAUCGAAAAUCAUGUCAUUAACGAAACAGCUUAACGAAUGCGAUCGCAGAAAUAGUCGAGUUGAGGAUGCUUACUCUGAGCAGCUUGGAAAAUCCAUUGAGCUUGAAAAUAAAUUAACGGAAAUGACAAAUAAAAAUUAUUUAUUGGAACAGGAAAUCACGCAAUUGCGACAGAAUAUUCAAUGUUCUGUACAGCCAACAGAUGCAGGAAACACAACACAAAUAUUCCACAUGCCUCAAAAUCCGCUUGAGGCUGCUCACGAAGAAUUUCAAGCUGCCGAAACCAGAAAAAGAAAGUUGAGCGAGUAUUCAGACGAUCCCGAAGCGAAACGAAAACGAGAAGAGCUCGUCGAGGAGCUUGAAGAGCGUUUGAGAAAAGCUGAGAUCGAAAAAAACAUCAUUGAAGACAGCUACAAUUUGCAUAAGGAUCUUGCUAGCAAAUUCAGGCAAGUUUGUGUGGCGCUGACCGGAUUGCAGAUCAAACUAAAAGAUGCUGACGAAGGAAUCUGCACAGUACAAAGCGAAUACGAAGGAAGAGAUAGGCAGUUUGUGUUUAAAUGCUUCUACGGAACAACGCGAAUCGAUAUGCUCGAUGUGAACAGUGACCAAUCAAGCGAAACGAUCCGAAAAUGGGAACCACUUAUGCGGAAGUACAUUGGAGAGCGAAAUUCGAUUCCAGCAUUUCUUGCCGCUGUAACAUUACAGCUCGAACAGGAGCGCGAUUUUGAUCAGACGAUUCUUGAAAGGACACACACAUUCUCUGUUCUACACGCCGAUUAA